AUGGGUUUUUCGCUGUCUGUCAUGCCUAAUGAUUUCAAGGUGUAGAAUCGUGUUUCUAAUGUCAAACUGUUACCUUACGGAAUAAAAACUGUUCGAGAAGAAUGUUUUGUUAAGAAUCGUAGGUACGUCGAUUCAACUCUCUGUUAAAAAAAAGAAACCAAAGUGUAAAUUGUGAUCAUGGAAUUCAAAUUUAAUAUUAAUGACUACUUUAAGCAACAAAUUGUCGCAAUUAAUCAUAAUUUAAUACCUCCUGGGUUUAGUGGAGACCGCAGACAAUUAUGGGACUCGGUGUCUAAGGUGACGGAAAUCGUAAAUGCAUUGGGAGAAUCUUCAGCUGCUGCCCAAGGACUUACCAAAGCAAUCACCACGGCUGAUCGGCUCAGGAAUUCUGAACACAAGUUAUUUUUAUUGAUCGAUCCCGAUCAUAACAAUGGCAAAGGAGCGAUUUCGGGAAUGCUCAAAGUGGGUAAGAAGACCCUGUAUCUUUUUGACAGAGAAGGGAAUCAUUUCCAGGUUACUCCACUCUGUAUAUUGGAUUUUUAUGUGCACGAAUCAAGACAGCGUUUAGGAUUGGGCAAAAUACUUUAUGAAAAUAUGCUAGAGGAGGAACAAAUUGAGCCAGUAAAAAUUGCAAUAGAUCGGCCUAGUGAUAAAUUUUUAGGUUUUCUUAGGAAACAUUACCAUCUAAAUUCGCCCAUUAAACAAAUGAACAAUUAUGUUGUUUUUGAUGGAUUCUUUCCCGAGGAGGAUACGAAGAGUGAAAGAAGCGAUUCAUUGUUAGCACAAAGAAGCUCACCAAGCGUUCCUACUCACAGUAGCUUUUCGCAGUACGGCCGCUACGGGGCGCCACGACCAAAAUGCAGCAUGGGACAGAUAAUACAUAAUGACACAUCCACUGUACCCUCAUCUCCUGCUACUCCUGUUGGUUCGUUCAAAUCAAUCGAAAACCUUCGAGCGACGCCGUCUCCAAAACCCAUCGAAAAAAAACCAGACUCCCCCAAACUUGAACGACCUCAAUCCCUUCGCAUUCAGAUGUCCGAGGACGGCGACUCGAUCGAGAUCGUGAACGAUGCGGACGUGCCCGAUCAUCAGAACGGCCAUGUAGCGCACGACGAGCUGGUCGAGCAGGUUCGACAAGUCGAUCUCGAGGCCGAGCCGGCCCAAAAGAAAACGCCCAGUCAUCUGACGGAACAAGGCUUCUUCGAUCUCAAGUUCUAUCACAACAAGCUUUGGUAAUUUUCGUAGCUCCAGUUAAAU